AAGCGAAGAAGCCAUGUCUGCAACAUCUGCUUCAUCUCUUAUACUCCCAUCUCUUAAACCCAAGGUCUUAUCUUUAUCAAACUCAACACCCAUUUCACUUUCCCUCUUCUCCCUUUCUCACAAGACCCACGCAAAGCCUCUCUUUUGUUAUGCUCCUCAAAGUUUUGAGCUUUUGGCCAAAAACUCUUCUUUCCCUUCUAAGUUCAUCAGGAACGUUUCCGUUUCAUCUGACUAUGGUCAUGAAGGUGAUUUAUUUGGUAGUGAUGAGGAUGGAGAAGAGGCUCCUGUUUUCUCUCCUGACUUGAAACUUUUUGUGGGAAAUCUUCCUUUCAGUGUGGAUAGUGCUCAGCUUGCUGGAUUAUUCGGUAGCGCUGGAAAUGUUGAGGUGGCUGAGGUGAUUUACGACAAGGUAACUGGGAGAAGUAGGGGAUUUGCUUUUGUGACCAUGUCCACAAUUGAGGAAGUUGAAGCUGCUGAACAACAGUUCAAUGGCUAUGAACUGGAAGGGAGGGCAUUGAGGGUAAACUCAGGACCUCCUCCUCCUCGUAGGGAAGACUUUUCUUCUAGAGGAGGAAGAGGCAGGGAAGAUUACUCUCCCAGAGGAGGAAGAGGCAGGGAAGACUACUCUCCCAGAGGAGCAAGAGGCAGGGAAGACUACUCGCCUAGAGGAGCAAGAGGUGGUCCUCCUAUGGGAGCUUCAAAUCGUGUCUAUGUUGGUAACCUUUCAUGGGGUGUUGAUGACAUGACACUCGAGAACUUGUUCAGUGAGCAAGGCAGCGUUGUGGAAGCAAAAGUCGUUUAUGACAGGGAAAGUGGUAGAUCAAGGGGUUUUGGCUUUGUAACUUACAAUUCUGCUGAAGAGGUUGACAGGGCCGUCAGAUCCUUGAAUGGUUCUGAUUUGGAUGGCAGAUCAAUUCGAGUCACUGUGGCAGAGUCUAGGCCAAGGCGCCAAUUUUGAGUGCUGAUGUUUCCGACUGCUGCUUCUUAAUUCAUAGGGGACAACUAGAAUAUGCAGCUGGAAGAUGGCAACUUCAGUCUUAUUCUGUUUAGGGGAAUCUAUAAAUAUGUUCCUUCUUGUAUCGGCUGCAUUUGGACGCAAUGGCUGAUCUUUUCGACAUCUGUGUAUAGAUAAGAGAAGGUUGACAAUAUCCAUUGAAAUAUUUUCAUUAUAUGCUAA